AAACCCGCCACGACCGCACGCGCCCUCCACUAGGGCUUUGUUACUACCUCGCCGCCGCCUCCCUCCUGCGCCGCCGCCUCCCCAGGCCGAAGUUCCGAGUCCCUGAAGCCAUGGCGGGGAAGAAGCGCAAGUCCGCCUCCGAUAAGCAGCCGAAGCACCGCCUCCCUCUGGGCGCCGACGCCGACGCGGUCGCCGAUGCCUCGAAGCGCCGCCGCUCGGGCGCCACCAAGCAGCACCAGGCGGAUGAGGAGGCGUCCAUUCCUUCCUCCCUCAGCGCCAAGAUCCUCCGCGAGGCGCGCAAGCAGCAGCAGGAGGAGAUGCUCGCCGACUCCAGCGACGAGGGACCCUCAGCCGCUGCCGACGGGCCGUCCGCAUCCUCGUCGUUCCCCGUCCGCACCGCGGAUGACGAAGAGGAGGACGUCGACGAGUUCGACGGAUUUGAAGCGCUGAGCGAGUACGACGGCGGCGAGGUGGAGAUCAACGAGGAGGACGAGAAGGCUCUCGCUGCCUUCAUGUCAAAGGACAAUGCUGCUGAGCUCACACUGGGUGAUAUCAUUCUCCAGAAGAUAAGAGAGAAGGAUGCCGAGGUCUCAACGGAUGGACGGCCUCGUGUGAAAUUGGACAACAGCAUUGUUGAGCUUUAUAAAGAGGUUGGGAAGUUCUUAAGCCGAUACACAAGUGGCAAAAUUCCAAAAGCUUUCAAGCGCAUACCAUCAUUGGAGUGCUGGGCAGAUGUGCUGCAGCUAACUGAGCCAGAGAAUUGGUCUCCUAAUGCAGUUUAUCAAGCGACACGGCUAUUCUCAUCAAACAUGAACACGAAGAACGCUGAACGAUUCUAUGAAGCCAUUUUGCUUCCUCGUGUUCGUAAUGACAUAAGGCAGAACAAGAGACUGCAUUUUGCGCUCUACCAGUCUCUGAAAAAGUCACUUUAUAAGCCUGCAGCUUUUAACAAGGGAAUUUUGCUGCCACUCUGUCGGGGAAGGGAUUGCACUCUCCGUGAAGCAGUAAUUAUUGGAAGUAUUAUCCAGAAAGUCUCCAUUCCUUUUCUCCACGCAAGUGUAGCGUUAGUGAAACUAGCAGAGAUGGAAUACUGUGGUACUACUAGUUACUUUAUCAAGCUAUUUCUAGAUAAGAAAUAUGCUUUGCCAUAUCGUGCACUUGAUGCAGUGCUUGCUCACUUCAUGCGGUUUCUUGAUGACGGAAGGAUCAUGCCUGUUAUAUGGCAUCAAUCACUGCUUGCAUUUGUGGAAAGAUACAAGAAUGAGUUAGAGAAAAAGGAUAAGGAGAAACUUGCACGUUUGUUGGAUCACCAGAAGCACUAUUUGGUUACUCCAGAAAUUCGGAGAGAACUUCAGAGCAGCUGCAACAGGGGUGAAAAUUGUAUCAGUAUGCAGAUUUAUAUCCUUGCAUUGCAUGCUUUUGUUAUAAUCUUUUGCUUGUGUUAUAUUCAGUUGAACGGAAAGAGUUAUGUCAAGAUUUGUGCAAUUGAAUAUUCUGAUGCUUACUGCUUAUUAUACAGUUUCCUUAACAUUUUUUCUUACCGUCACCAAUUUCUGUGAUCACCAAACCAAUUGAAGAGGACAGGUGGGAUGUACCGAACGUACCAAUGGAGGAAGAUUAGUCCGUUCAAAUUGUUAUUCAUUUUUGAGAGUACAAACAGUUGUAAUGAAACAUAUAUUUGAAAUGAUUUUGGGUUCUGUGAUAUUAAGCUAGGUGUGUGGUCUGUACGCGCUUUGAAUACCUCUGUACUCGCUUUGAAUACCCCUACCAAGGAUUUUUUUUUGAUGUUAUAUGUCUUGGAUCUAGCAAUAUAUGACCGUUGUGGAUGACUUAUA